GUGUUCGUUCUUUGCUGCUUCUUUGUAAAUAUUGAGAUUUUUUGCGAUAAAAUAAUUUUAUGAUAGUGUUAAACUAAUUAUAUAAAUAAUAUUUUGAUGUCUUUAAUAGUAACGAAAGCGGCUCUAGCGUUGAAGAACGCGGAAUCCAAUUUUGAAGUAGUAAAAUAUGAAUCGCAUAAACCUAAAAAGAAAGCACUCGAAAGUAAAGAUACACCAGAAUCAAGUGAUAAAGUAGCACGAAAGAAGGAAUUAGAUUUAAAGAGAGUUCGUCAUGAAAUAGUAAAAUUUGGAAUGUCAGGUUUUGAUGCUACAAAGAAGGAAGAAGCAAAAAUAGCACUAGCUGUAAGUUUAGGUGCAAAACCCCCUAAAAGGGAAUAUGUAAACUACAAAGACUUGAUGGCAAAUAGGAAAAAAGAAAAAGAGAAGGAAAAACAGGAAAAGCAACUCAUGAUGGCCAAAACAGUGUUUGCUAAUAAAACUAAAAAGAAGAAGUCACAGAAUAAUGAUGUGGGCCACUUGUUGAGCAGUUACGGAAAGGUGCAGAAAAAGGACCUUCAGAGCAAAGAAACAAAAGGAAAAGGGAAGAAAAGAAAAAAAUAAGAUCUAAAGAUG